CUCACGUAAAUACUUGUCCCAGCGGAUGUCAUUUUUUCCCCCCUGACACCACCAUUACCGCCAACUUAGCAAGGGACACUGUGUGAAGAAGAGAGGGGAAAAAAAAAAAGAGAAAUUCAGGACCGGGAAAAAGAGGAAAAAUAAUAUGAGUGUCUUGGGACGAAUCUAAUCUCCUUUGAGAGAGGGUCUCUCUUUGGACUCUUCCCUUCUUCCUUCCAACCUUCCUUCCUCCCGAUUCGUUCAUCCAUGGCUAGCUCGCUAGAUUUCCCUUGCCCCCCACCACCUUUAAUGGCGUCGUCUCCUUGAUUCCCAGAUCCCAUUUCUAUUCCACUCUCUGCUUACCCUUCCUCCAACCAAAACCAAAAGAUAGGAGAAAAAAAUUCCUCCCUUUUUCCGCCUUUUUUGUUGUACUAAUAAUCACUCUCUGAUUCAGUCAAUUAUCAUCCAUCCAUUUCGCAGAAAAGAUUCCCCUUUCCCCCGAGUAAAAGAUUUUCGACUUUCGCAACUCCAUCCAUCCCCCCACUUCGCUAAUUCCAGCUUCCCCACCCCUUCUUAUCAGAUCUGUUUCUCUUUCAAGCUGAAGUCUAGAUCUGGGUCGAGUCCAGAUUCGAUGCCCGUCUGAAGGAGAGGAUAGGGCGAGAGAGAGGAUGAAUUACUUCCCGGACGAGGUGUUGGAGCACAUCUUCGAUUUCGUGGGUUCCCACAAAGACAGGAACUCGGUGUCCCAGGUUUGUAAAUUGUGGUAUAGGAUCGAGAGUUACAGCCGGCAGAAGGUGUUCGUCGGGAACUGUUAUGCGAUUGGGCCGGAGAGGGUCGCGGAGAGAUUCUCGGGGCUGAAAUCGAUUACCCUCAAGGGGAAGCCUCAUUUCGCUGACUUCAAUCUUGUCCCUCCGGACUGGGGAGGCUUCGUUUACCCAUGGAUCGAGGCUUUCGCUAGGAGCCGGGUCGGGCUGGAGGAACUCCGGCUGAAAAGGAUGGUUGUUUCUGAUGAAAGCUUGGAGUUACUGUCUAGGUCUUUCCCUAAUUUCAAGUCUUUGGUUCUGGUGAGCUGUGAAGGGUUCACAACUGAUGGGUUAGCAGCUGUUGCUGCUUAUUGUAGGCAACUGAAGGAGCUGGACUUGCAAGAAAAUGAUGUCGAGGAUCACAGAGGGCAUUGGCUCAGCUGCUUCCCUGAAAGCAGCACAUCUCUUGUCUCACUCAAUUUUGCGUGCCUCAAAGGAGACAUUAAUUUGCCUGCUCUCGAAAGGCUCGUAGCUAGAUCCCCCAAUUUGAAGAGCUUGAGGUUGAGCCGUGCAGUACCUCUUGAUGUACUUCAGAGGAUACUGAUUCGAGCGCCCCAAUUGUUGGAUUUGGGAGUCGGCUCUUAUCUUCAUGAUCCAGAUUCCGAGAACUACAAUAAACUUGUAACCGCCAUUCAGAAGUGUAAAUCUGUUAGGAGUCUGUCUGGGUUUCUGGAUGUUGCUCCCCAUUGCCUGUCCGCUUUCCACAUUAUCUGCCCUAACUUGACCUCCUUGAACUUGAGCUAUGCCCCAGGAAUUUAUGAUAACGAGCUCAUAAAGCUCCUUCGUCACUGCCACAAGCUCCAGCGCUUAUGGAUACUAGAUUGCAUUGGUGAUAAAGGGCUUGAAGUCGUAGCUUCGACCUGCAAAGACCUUGAGGAGUUACGUGUCUUUCCAUCUGAUCCCUAUGUUGGACAAGCAGCUGUCACAGAGGAAGGCCUGGUCGCCAUCUCAAGAGGCUGCCAGAAGCUCAACUCGAUACUUUACUUCUGCCAACAGAUGACCAAUGCUGCACUCAUAACAGUUGCCAAGAACUGCCCUAACUUUGUCCGGUUCAGGCUCUGCAUCCUGGACCCCACAAAACCUGAUGCAGUGACCCAGCAGCCGCUCGAUGAAGGUUUCGGUGCAAUAGUCCAAGCAUGCAAGGAUCUGAAAAGAUUGUCCCUUUCUGGUCUUCUGACCGACCAAGUAUUUCUCUACAUUGGGAUGUAUGCAGAGCAGCUGGAGAUGCUGUCGAUAGCCUUUGCAGGGGACAGCGACAAAGGGAUGCAGUACGUGCUAAAGGGUUGCAAGAAGCUGAGGAAGCUGGAGAUAAGGGACAGUCCCUUUGGUAAUGCGGCGCUUCUGAUGGACGUGGCUAAGUACGAGACAAUGCGAUCCCUUUGGAUGUCGUCCUGUGAGGUCACGCUGGGAGGGUGCAAGGCUCUAGCAAAGAGGAUGCCCGGGUUAAAUGUAGAGAUUAUAAAUGAGAAUGAUCAGAUGGAGUUUGUUGGUGGGUGCGAUGAUGAUAGGCAGAAGGUGGAGAAGAUGUAUUUGUACCGUACUUUGGCCGGACAGAGGAGAGAUGCUCCGGAGUUUGUGUGGACGUUGUAAGUUUCUGAGGUAAGCUCAAUGUUGGUAAACUGAUGGUGAUGGAUUGCUGCUGUACUUCGUUGUAGGCCGACUGAUCGAUAGCUAUAAUGGAUGUUCUACUUAUGUAUGGUUUUUGAAAGGGGUUCAUGGCGGUGCGGUGGUGUUAUUUGUUGUACUUUGGGUCUUAGUUUUGUAAGAGAUUUGGAUAUGGGCUUCUAGCCUUCCUUUUCUUUAUUGGUAAUUCAUAAAAUGGAGUUGGUAAUUCAUAAUCUGUAGGGCGUCAGGAUUAUGCUGAUUUGCGCGUUGUUGUA